UGAAAAUAUCUCUAGCCAUCAUGGUGAUUAUAUAAAUACUAAAUACCCACUGUGUUUCAUACAUCAUACCGCAGAACAACAGACUUGUGUCGCCCUUCGAGACAUACCCGAUUACAGAGGUCAAUUCAUUUUUCUGCUGCCUGCGACAAAUACGAUUCACGAUGGCCGAUGAAAAAUUAAGCCGCAAGAUGAUUUUCCCAUACACAUUUACAUCUAAGGUUGCCCAGUUUCCGUUCAAACUACAUUUCAAUAAUCAUUGGAUGUUUCCAUGGUUCAUUGGAGCAGCUGUAAUGGUUUCACCAGUAUUUUAUCUAAUUCAGAAAGCAGCUAACUGUGAAGCUAAUGUAAAGAUUUGGGCUGAAAAAAGAAGGAAGGAAGAAGAACACCACAAACACAAGUGGGAUUAAACAAGAUUCUGAGGAGCUGCGUAGAAAAUAAAAACAAAACAACUGUCAUUCAAUAUUUAAAUUUAAUUUCUAAUAGUGUUACUGCGAAUUUUAUAAAAGUAUUUAAAAUAAUAAUAAUGUAAUAUACAUCAUAGUUCAGUUUACA